UCUCCCAGUUUGUGUACACUUACGCACACGCGCGCGCACACACAUAUACACGGGCGCGAGCGCGAACUUGUCAGGGCGUAUUUAUAAUGUGGAGGUUUUUCAAGCCGAGCCUGAGGAACAUCUUUAGCACAAACAUCAGGAUGUCGUCUGAACAGCUGGGAGAGCUUGGGAAAGGCGCAGGGAAGGGAGGAGGAGGAGGCGGCGCAAUCAGGGAGGCAGGAGGAGCGUUUGGAAAGAGGCAGGCUGUCGAGGAAGAGAUGUACUUCAAGAAGAAGGAGCAGGAACAGAUAGCUGCUCUGAGACAACACCAUCAGGAAGAAAUCAAUCACCACCAGAAGGAGAUCGAGCGUAUUCAAGAAGAGAUCAGUCGCCACGAGGGCAAAAUUCGCCAAUUAAAAAAGCAUGAUGGAGACUAGUGCAAAGGAGUACGAUUAUAAGAGCUCUUUGCCAGCUCUUUCAACUAACAGUGUUACAAGUUUGAUGGGUUUUUGUAAGUUUUAUUAGUUAUGCAUGAUUGUUAAAAUAGAAUAAAAGAAGGCAAACUGAUUCACCAAGA